AUGGCCGCGUCCCUUCGGGCUUCGAUGUCGAUGACCUCUUGCCCAGCCAUCUCGCGCCGGCGCGAGGCAGCAGAAUUCGGGUGCUGCGGCUCUCGUGGCCCUAUAAGUGGCCGCCUCAGGCCCCAGCUCCGCCAGGCCCAGAUCCAGCGCGGGCUGUGCCCAAUCACCGUGAGCAGCAAGGGCGGCCCCUCGCCCGCCAAGUACAUGUACGUGCAGAGCUACUCUCAGGAGCAUGUUGCGCCCACCAACGGGGAGGCGCGCAUCAAGGUCAUCGGCGUAGGGGGCGGCGGUGGCAAUGCACUCAACCGCAUGAUCGAGGCCGACCUGCAGGGCAUCGAUUUCGUGGCCGUCAACACGGACGCCCAGGCGCUGGCGCACCACAGCGCCCCCAACAAGCUGCAGAUCGGCAACCAGGUGACGCGCGGCCUGGGGUGCGGCGGCAACCCGGAGCUGGGCCGCCACGCAGCGCAGGAGAGCCAGGACGCCCUCAAAAAGGUGGUGUCGGGGGCCGACCUGGUGUUCAUCACGGCCGGCAUGGGGGGCGGCACGGGCACAGGGGCGGCGCCCGUGGUGGCCAAGCUCAGCAAGGACAUGGGCAUCCUGACCGUGGGCGUCGUGACAUACCCCUUCACCUUUGAGGGGCGCCGCCGCAGCAACCAGGCGGUGGAGGGCAUCGAGGCCCUGCGGGCAGCCGUGGACUCGGUCAUUGUGAUCCCCAACGACAAGCUGCUGGAGGUGGCGGGGGAGGGCACGCCGCUGCAGGAGGCGUUCAGCCUGGCGGACGACGUGCUUAGGCAGGGCGUGCAGGGCAUCAGUGACAUCAUCACGGUUCCCGGCCUCAUCAACGUGGACUUCGCUGAUGUCAGGGCCAUCAUGAGCAACGCGGGCACAGCCAUGCUGGUGAGAAUCAACGCGCUGCGCGGCGGCGGCGCGCCGCUGACGGCGCACGGGGCGCGCGCCUUUGAAAGGGGACCGGCUGGGAGGCUAACUGGGGUGCCUCGACAGCUGGCAUGA